AAGCAAAAUGGUGUUGGGUCGACUGUUUAUGAUCUCCGUGUUAGCAUUGGAAAUUUGCAGAGGAGACCUAGAAAAUAAACUGCUGGAUGAUAUGGAAGAUAAUGACAUGGCACUGGAUCCUUCCCUUGGUAGUCAUAACCUACCUAUUCAGAAUGCUGUUUUGGCUCAUCCCAGAUACAAAUGUUAUUCCUGCGAACCACCAGAUUGUGCUGAUACGGAGAUUCAUGCACACUACUGCCAAAAUGCUAUUCAAUGUUGGAAGUCGCGGACGCGCGAUCCUGAAGGAAAUGAAAAUGUGCAACGAGGAUGCACUACUGAACAUGAACAGCUGCCUUUGUAUUGCAGUCAAAAUCAAAAAACAAGUGUUGGCAAUGUUGGUGGACCUAAGAAGCGCCAUAUUUCCAGUACAGGAAUGUAUAAUAUUGAAUGUUGCAUGGGAGAUUAUUGUAAUAAUGGUUCUUUUCCCGAGUUGCCCCCGAUUAAAGUUACAAAUACAGUCCCAGUGACAGAUCCAUUCGUAUUGAAAAUGGCUGCAGCAAUUCUUGUGCCAUUUGGGACGGUUGUACUUCUCGCUGCUACUGCUAUUUAUUGCAUGCGUCGAGCCCAUAAAAAACGAAUGGACGCUUGCCGAACAAAAUAUGAUCCGGAAACAUAUUACGCUAACGAUGAUGUGUUGCGAGCUACCAGCGCUGGAGAUAGCACCUUGCGAGAAUAUUUGCAACACUCCGUCACUUCUGGUUCUGGCAGUGGACUACCUCUACUUAUACAACGUACUCUUGCUAAGCAAGUGUCUCUUUGCGAAUGUAUUGGUCGUGGUCGGUAUGGCGAAGUUUGGCGUGGCAUCUGGCACGGCGAAAGUGUCGCAGUGAAAAUUUUCUUCAGUCGCGAUGAAGAUUCGUGGAAACGUGAAACAGAGAUAUACGGAACGGUUUUGUUACGCCACGAAAACAUUUUGGGUUAUGUUGGCUCGGACAUGACUUCUAGAAACUCUUGCACUCAAUUGUGGCUCAUUACUCACUACUAUCCGCAAGGAUCUCUGUAUGAUUAUUUGAAUCGUACUGCAAUUACGACACAUCAAAUGAUCACUAUUUGCCUUUCGAUUGCCAACGGAAUGGUGCACUUACAUACUGAGAUAUUUGGAACUGAGGGCAAGCCUGCCAUCGCACAUCGUGAUUUAAAAACAAAAAAUAUUUUGAUUCGAGCAAAUGGAUCGUGCGUUAUUGCUGAUUUUGGAUUAGCCGUAAUGCACAGUCAAACUACUAAUAAAAUUGAUAUAGGUAACACAGCGCGUGUCGGUACAAAACGAUAUAUGGCCCCUGAGGUACUCGACGAAAGUAUUACAAUGGAUUGUUUCGACGCGUUAAGGAAAGCUGAUAUUUACGCUAUUGGGUUGAUUUUUUGGGAAGUUUGCCGACGUACCAUCUCUUGUGGCAUUGCCGAAGAGUACAAAGUUCCAUAUUUUGAUUAUGUGUCAUCUGAUCCCAGCUUCGAGGAAAUGCGCAAAGUGGUUUGCGUAGAUAACUACAGGCCGUCCGUGCAGAACCGUUGGACUUCUGAUCCGUUUCUCGCAAGUAUGUCCAAGCUGAUGCGCGAAUGCUGGCAUAUGAACCCAAACGUACGAUUACCAGCAUUAAGGAUUAAGAAAACUCUGCUGAAAUUGGCUAGCUGUGACGAAACUAUCAAAAUUAAUCCCGAUGGUGAAGUAAUAGCAUAACGAAGCAAUAUGUC